CAACCCCAGCAUCAGCCUGUCAGCCCCCGACAUCUUGCCCCUGCACUGCACCAUCAGGAAGCUCCGACCUUCCCGGCAUCGCUCCGAGGAGAAAUUGGUGCUGGAGCCCAUCGCUGGUGCCAGCAUCUCCGUCAACUUCGCCGAGGUGGCUCGGACAGUUGUGCUGCGGCACGGGGACCUCCUCUCCCUCGGUCUCUACUACCUGCUCCUCUACAAGGACCCCAUGAAGGCGCAGCUGCCGGUGCAGACCCUGCUGAGGCUGCGGGGCCUGCACCCCCCUGUCCCCGAGGGUCCCCCCAUCUGCGGGGCGUGCGGCAGCCUGCUGAAAGAGAAGGACCCUGCCACCAAAAAGCGGGGUCCCUUGCCCGCCGGUGGCCCCAGGGCACCCCGCAGAAAGCUGCUGCUGGAGUUCGAGCCGGCGGCCGAGGACGUGCUCCUGCGGCGCAUCAUGACCCUGAUUGAACCGGGGGGGGACGACCACAAGCUGACACCCGCCUUCCUCCAGGACCCUGCCACCCUGUCCCGCUUCACCAUCACGGACCUCCUCCCGGACCUACAGCACAUCCUCUUCUGGAUGGCCAACGCCAUCGAGGUCCUCUACUUUGUCCAGCAGAAAUCGCCCACCUACAUCCAGAGCAUGGAGGAGGAGCUGGAUGUCAGAGGCUCCAAGGAGUCUCUGUUCUCCUCGACCAUCACAGCCAGCGAGGAGGCGAUGACGGUGCUGGAGGAGGUGAUCAUGUACACCUUCCAGCAGUGCGUCUACUACAUCUCCAAGUGUCUGUACGUGUCGCUCCCUGCCCUGCUGGAGUGCAACCCCUUCCAGAAUGAGUGCCGGGAGAGCUGGCGGGCAUCCCCGCCGCUGCCCGAGGAGCUCCGUAGGGUCGUGCUCAUCUACCAGGCGACGCUGGACCUGCUCCGCCAGUACGAAGUGCACCCAGAGAUCACCUCCCAGAUGUUCGCCUACCUCUUCUUCUUCUCCAACACCCUGCUCUUCAACCAGCUCCUGGAUAAGGGUCAGUCCUCCUCGAACACCCAGCCCAGACUGGGUAACCCACAGGGGACCAGCCCUUUGGGAGACCCUCCACAGUUCUUCACCAAACUCACCAGCGUGGCCAACCUGCUGGCCAUGCCCGGCUCCCAGCUGGUCCAGAUGACCUGGCCAUCCCUGCGAGCUGAGUUCCCGGCGCUGAGCCCCGCGCAGCUCCACCGGGUGCUGAGCCAGUGCCAGGCGGUGAUGGAUUUGGGCUGCAUCGCAGCGUGGCAGCCCGGUGAGGAGGAGAACCCGGCCAUGUUCCAGCCUGAUGAGAUGUUGGAGUCUUUUGACAACCACCCGCCCAUCAUCCUGCCCAGUGGAGGCUUCAAAGUGGACCUGGAGGUGGAAACGUUGGACGACAACAUCUACCGGCACCUCCUUUACAUCCGCCAUUUCCUCUGGAGCCUGCAGAGCAAGAGCCCCCACACCAGCGAGGGGCCAGGCUCAGCACCCUCAAAGGUAGCCUGUCCCCCACGGAGGGGCUGUUCCUCUCCUGGCGAGCCGCAGCUCCAGGAGAAGCUCAAGCAGCUGCAGCUGGGCAGGGGUCUGGCUCCCAAGGCUGGCACAGCACCCACAGACCCCUCCUGCCUGCUGACACCACCCACCACCCCCCUGAAUUUUGACUCUGGGAGCCUGGAAUCCCCGCAAGGCACCAGCAAGGGGCUGCAGGACCCCCGGAGGAACGGGAUGAAUGGCACCAAAGGCAGCACCCCUGAAGGAUGUUCGCCGACCCCCUAUGACUACCCCACGCCAGAGUCUUCCAGCCGCAGCUCUGCCACCGAUGACUUCUGCUACGUCUUUGUGGUGGAACUGGAGAGAGGACCCAUAGGGCUGGGGAUGGGGCUGAUUGACGGCUUGCACACUCCUCUCUGCUCCCCGGGGAUCUACAUCCGCACCCUGAUUGAGGACAGCCCCGCGGCCGCAGACGGCAGGCUCUCCAUCGGGGACCGCAUCCUGGCUGUCAAUGGCACCAGUCUCAUCGGGGCAGACUACCAAAGUGCAGUGGACCUCAUCCGCUCCGGAGGGAAGAAGCUGCGGUUUCUGGUUGCCAAGUCGGACAUGGAAAUAGCCAAAAAAAUCAGUUCCACCUCCUCUUCCUCCUAG